AUGGGAGACAAAGCUGGUUUCCACGUAUGUAAAUGGGUGUCCAAUCGUAAGGAAGUCUUGGAAGUUAUUCCAGCCAAAGAUUGUUCGUCCAAUGUUAGUUUAGAGAAGAAUGAACUGCCAACAACGAAAACAUUAGGCAUUCGAUGGGACGCAGGAGACGACGAGUUUCUGUUUGACUACUCCUCCCCAACUGAUGAUUUCCACUACACAAAACGUAAUGUACUGAAGAAAACGGCUUCACUAUUUGACCCACUUGGUUUUCUCUCGCCUUUUAUUGGAAGCCCUAGAUUGGGAUGA